GUAGAAGUUGAUGGAUUAGUACACAUUAAAUGCAGACAAAAGCUGCAUACACAAGGAGAGUUGAGCUGUGGAAGAUUCACAUCCAAACAAACAAGCUGAUUGUAAGCACCACUAAGAAUCCUCGAGCUCUCCACCACUUCACAUUUGUCCGUUUCAUCCUUUGAAAUUUACACAAAUAUUAUCUUUUCACAAACUAAAGUAGACAUCAGGUGUUGCUAUGCAAUUUUAAUAACACAGAUAUCUAUAAGAGAAAUUAAGCAAGAGAAAUGGAACUGGGUUGGUUUUGGCUUACAGUAAUGGUGGUAGUAGCUGGCUCAUUGGUUUCUUUGGCAAGGAGGAAGAAGAAGAGACUGCCUCCAGGUCCAAAAGGGGUCCCUAUUCUGGGUCAUCUGCACAUGCUGGGGAAGAAUCCUCACCAAGAUCUGCACAGGAUCGCCAAAGAUCACGGCCCGAUUAUGUACAUGCAAUUCGGGUUCGUUCCAAACAUCGUCGUUUCAUCUCCUGAGGCAGCUGAGCUAUUCCUGAAGACGCAUGACCUUGUAUUUGCCAGCAGACCACCUCAUCAGGCUGCCAAGUACAUCUCAUGGGACCAGAGGAACCUCUCCUUUGGGGCGUACGGUCCAUACUGGCGGAACAUGCGCAAGUUAUGCACCUUGGAGCUGCUCAGCACCCUCAAGAUCAAUUCUUUCCAGCCUAUGAGAAGGGAAGAGCUUCGCCUUUUUGUUGAAUCCCUCAAGGGAGCAGCUGGGGGACGUGUUGCUGUCGAUCUUAGUGACAAGGUCGCAUCCCUGACCGCAGAGAUGAGCUGCAGAAUGGUGUUUGGUAAGAAAUAUGAUGACCAAGACAUAGAUGAGAGAGGCUUCAAGAAAGUGAUCCAGGAAGGGAUGAAACUAGCAGCAGUUCCUAAUUUGGGUGAUUACUUUCCUUUCCUUGGAGUCUUGGAUCUCCAAGGGCUCACAAGGAAGAUGAAGGCACUCGCAAAAGUUUUUGAUGAUUUUUUUGAGAAAGUUAUAGAAGACCAUGUUGGAGCAGGGGAUCAUGGGGAGACAAAAGACAUUGUUGAUACCAUGAUGUCCAUAAUGCAAAGUGGAGAGUGUGAAUUUCAGUUCGAUCGCCGUCACGUCAAGGCCAUUAUGCUGGAUAUGCUCGCAGCUUCAAUGGACACAGCAGCAGCAUCAGUUGAUUGGAUACUCUCAGAACUGUUGAGAAAUCCAGCAGUUAUGGAGAAAGUAAAGAAAGAGUUGGAACAAGUAGUGGGACUGAAGAGGAUGGUUGAGGAGUCUGACCUGGACCGACUCGAAUAUCUCAACAUGGUUGUGAAGGAAACCUACAGGCUGCAUCCAGUGGCUCCAUUGUUGAUUCCUCACUAUGCUAGGGAAGAAAGCACCGUUGAUGGGUACAACAUACCAAAAGAAUCAAGAAUAAUCGUCAACACAUAUGCAAUUGGGCGCGAUCCAAAUGCAUGGACUGAUCCGGAGAAGUUCCUUCCGGAGAGGUUCGUUGGCAGUGACAUUGAUGUUAGGGGACAACAUUUCCAGCUCCUCCCUUUUGGCUCCGGGAGGAGAGGUUGCCCCGGAAUCCAACUGGGGCUCAUCCAAGUUCGACUGAUCGUAUCACAAUUAGUUCACUGCUUCGAUUGGCAGCUGCCAAAUGAUAUGCCGCCAAAGGAGCUGAACAUGGAUGAGGACUUUAGCCUUGUUGUUACAAGGGCCAAUCCUCUCAUGGCAAUCCCUUCCUUUCGGUUGCAGAACUAGCUUAGUAAGAAUUUGCUUCCUCAAAAUAAUCUAUGCAAAAGAAAAAUAAGACGGUCUAAAUAUGUACUCAUAGCCAGGUGCAUGUAUCACAAGGCCAUGAGCUAUCAAAAUUAUUUUAAGGUCAAGUUUAAUAUCCUAUUGUUGAGCUUAAAUGUGAAAUCAUGCAUUUCAACAAUAUAUGCAUUCUUCUCCAA